UCAUCACCAGAAAAGAACAGAAAUUGUAGCGCAGCGCUGCCAAAUAUACACACACGAUUGUUCCGAUUAUUCCCAUCCGAUCCGCAAAAACAAGAGCAACAGAGCGCGCGCCAUCGGAUUUAUUAAAUGCACUUCUAUAUUUAUUUAUAAACGCGAGUUUUGAGGCGCCAAUCGCGGGGAAAAUAAAGUGCAGGUCACCGUCGCCUCUGCCGCCGCCGCUGCCUCAGUCGCAGUCGACGUCGCUGCCUCUUUGGUUGCUGUUUACGGUGCUGCUUUAAAUAAAAGUGUUUAAUAUUCGCCACUGUGUCUGUGUGCUUCUGUUUUUUUUUUAUUGUGGUGUGUGCAAAAUUCCGAUUUAAUUAAGAGUGUUAAGGUGUGUUUGUAGCACCUAUGCUGGCCCUGGCCCCGCCCACGCCGCCCCCUCGAAAUGCCCCGUUAGCCGCGAAAUCGAAAUCGAAUCGUUUUUCUGCAACCGCAAUGCUGUCAAAUGGCUCUGCCGGCGUCGCUGCCGCUGGCGACUGCGACGAGCGAACGCUUUUGCUAAGCGAAGAGAUUGUUGUUGCAACGUCGACGUCCUCUGCCGGCGUCGCUCCAACUGCACCGCCGACGUCGCUGCCGCUGGUGCACACAACAGCAACAACAACAACAACAACGCAACAGACCAACAACAACAAUGUGAACAACAACAAUAAUGCUUCCCUUGUGGUCAGUGCUAAAAACAUGGCUAAUAAAAAUAACAGCAAAUGCAAAAACAACGAGGCCAGCAGCAGUAGUAGCAACAACAACAAUGCAGCGGAAGCGGCGGCAGCGUCAGCAGCAGCAACAACAACCGCAACAGCCGAGGAUAUAGAAACGAUAACAACAACAACAGCUGAUGAGGACGAAAUGUCCAGCGAUCUGAGCGAUAAAUUCCCACGCCCCCAAAAGAAACCCGGCAAACUGAGCAAAUUGGGCACCAAAAGCGUCGGCCUCAAACGGUUCAGUCUCUUUGGGUCCUCGAAGGGUUCCAUGGUGGAGACGCUGGUCUUCGAGACGCCGACGCCGUUGUCAGAGCACGUGGAGUCCACCUUUGGGUUCGCUGCGGCUGGGGACUCUGCCGCGGAUACCGCCGCUGCCGCCGCUGGUCAGCCGCAGCUGGCGUCGACGCUGCCGUCGCAUCUGCCCUCUGUCGGCGGAUACAGUGGAGACUAUGCCAAGGGAAACAUGGACGACAGCGGCAUUGAGGUGCAGGAAGAAUCGGAGCGCUCAAUAGUGCGCGUUUCCAUUUACCAAAGCAGCCAGCCGCAGCAGAUCUGUCCACCGGCGGAUUACCUGCUGGACGCCCUAGACGGAGGCUAUAACUACAACUGCAACCUCGACUACACGACGAUGGCCACGACGGCGGCGGGGAUCCAGCAGCAGCAGCAGGUGAUUGGCCUGGGAGCGGCCUACGAUCGACAGCAGAGCACCGACUCCGGCUGGGAUAAUCCCUUUCGUCCAGGCGGCGACCUGUCCAGAGAGGCUGAUGAAAUUGUCAACAUGAUUAGAGGCGGCAAGCCCAUCACACCCACAGAGGAGCGUACAAUUGGCAACGGAAGCGCCCAGCAUGCGGACGACAAUUGCAACGGCGGAGCGGCGAUUGGCGAGAGUGUAACCAAAUCAAAUAUCUCGCAGAAUCUAGCAACAGCACAAAAUGGUACAAAUUCCCAUGCCUCUGCCUCUGCCGACGCUGGCGCCGGAAAAGCAGCGACGGCGACCGAGCUGAGCGGCGGCGGAAACAACGGGGUCACCUCGCUGGGACAGGUGUCCAAACAGGUGGUUCCGGGACCGACGUCCGCUAGUCAUGUGGUCAUCGACGAGAAGAAGAACAAGAAGAAGGGCUGCUGCGUCCUGCAUAAUUGGAUAUUCUGUGUUCUGUUCGCGGGGAAAUCGAUAAUCGACGGGGGACAAACAAAUCGGAGGGGGGCGCGGGCAUUUUCCGGCUAGCCGUGUUUUUUGAUGUUAAUGUUUUUUUUUUUUUUGGGGGAAAAUGGAAAGGAGCCAAGCUGUUGAUAUUUUUCAUGCCGCAUAAAUCGCUUUGCUUAGCUUUGCAAUACGAGACGACAACAACAAGAACAACAACAACAACAACAACAACAACAAACCAGAUAAAAACACACAAGGAUAAACUAGAAAAACAUAAACAAAAACCAAGCUCUCUGACCAACAGCAGCAGAUAAGUAAGAAAACAAAAAGAGAAGAAUAGCAGCAGCAGCAGCCACAGUGAGAGCCAAAAUUUAAGCACCCCCAGCAGCUUUUGCUUCAGCUUCAAAAAAGAAAAACCGUCAAAAUCCAAAACAUGAAUUGUAAAUCUAAAGUGUACACACUUAUAUAUAUUUAUAUAUAUUUGUUAGUCUGGAGCCGAUGCAAACUGCAAUUCAACCUUAUUAUAUAUACAGACAUUUUUUUUUUUCUUUUUCUGUAAUGUGAGUCGAACUGCGUAUAUGUUAUAUUAAAACAUAUAUGUGAAUUUAAUUGUUUUUGUAAUUGUAAAAUUUAGUGCGGCUUUUUAAAAAUUGAAGAGGAUGUAGGGACGUUCAAAAGUAAAAACAAAAAGAACAACAAAAAAUGAAAUAAAUAAAAACGAAAAACGUUUUGCUUGCAUGCAAAUAAUGGAUACAAAAUCGAAAAAAAAGAAUGCAAAAAAAUUUAACAUAAAGAAUAAUGUAUUUAUUUUUAUUUAUAUGACGAUGACGAAAGCAGAUGAAAGUAAAUUAAAUGUUAAACCUUAAAACAAAUAUACACACACACACUUACAUAUACAAAACACACACACACACAUACGCAUAUAUACUAUACGAUAUAUGAGAUGAAAUGUAUGACGCAAUAAAGCAAACGAAAUGAACCGGAAACAGUAAAAAAAAGUAAUUAAGAAAUCCCAAAAUGUUCUAAGGCUAAAAAAGUGAACAAUUAUUUUUUAUCAUUAUAUACAUGAGACAUAAAAAAAGCCGGGUGCGCUGAUUUUUGGGGCCCACUGUAGCGGCUGAUCAAAGACGAGCGGUGCUUAAAAAAGCGGGUGAAAAUGGUAGAAAGAGGGCUUAGUUCUUUGAGUAGAAAGAAAAUGGCUUUGAAGAAACCGAAAUCCCAAAACAGAAGCUUAGAAAUGAGGCCAGAGAAAGUAUAUAAAAAAAAAAAAUGGAAGAACCACCGUUUUUCAGCUUAGUUAAGCACAAUACAACCCCCUAUGCAACAACACCACCCAUUCUCCAACCCCCUUCACUCAGUAUUUUUCUCAGUUGAAAACAAAUCAAAAGCAGAGAAAUAGAGGCAGACAAAUAUAUGCAAAAAUAAUGUGCAGGUAAAUCGAGCAAAGCGAGGUACAAGAAAGUUUACACAGAGAGAAAAAGCAGCAACCAAAUAGCAAAAGAACGUAAAGAGAACACCGAAAUGGACCGCCACACCCACAAAUGACACACCCACACACUCUCAAACACACAACAACACCAACACCCACACUCACACACCUACAGCCUAAGCAUCAAUGUGCUGCAUUUGAUAAACGUAAUGAAAAAAAUAAAUUAAAUAUAUAUAUACACAGAUAUAUGAAAUAGCAAUAUUGUUUCAACUGAAAAUAAGCAAAUCAACAUAAGGGGAAUUUCAAAUCCGAAAAUAAAAAAAAAACAAA